CCGAAUCGGAGCUUGAGCACAGACCACUUCGGACAUGGGAGGGGAAAAUAACUUCAGCUUCCGCUAACUACUUCAUCUGCCUAAUAAUAAUUUUCUCCCGGGGCGACUUUUCCAGUCUUUCAAAAACUAUCUUUCAGCAACUUAUUUGCGUCAAUAUGUCUCUAGAGGACUCGACGCCCGCUGAAUAUGUGACUCUGGUCUCCAGCGACGGGUUUGAAUUUGUGCUUCCGCGAAGCACAGCAUGCGUAUCAGGCACGAUCAGACGGAUGCUGGAUCCAGCGAGUAAAUUUUCAGAGGCAAUCACUGGUCGUUGUGUACUAGAGAAUAUCAGUGGAGUUGUUCUCGAAAAGGUCUGCGAGUACUUCUGCUAUAAUGAGAAGAAUAAGGAUCAGGCAAACGUUGCGGAUAUGGACAUACCAUCGGAGCUCUGUUUGGAGUUACUGAUGGCGGCGGAUUAUUUGGAUACCUAAGGUAUGUCUAUCAUUGACUUGGAUCUAAGCCCGCUAGAAUUCCAUACUAAUACAAUAAGCCGAAAAUUCAGAUGGAGUAUUGCAACUAAUUACGAUUCAUAUAUGUGUUCAUGGGAUCUGGUCUGGGCACGAUGGUUG